AUGGGUUGGUUCGACGGCUGGUUCGGCCCCAGCGCCUCGUCCGACGACCCUCUCAAGUCCCUCGACCCCAAGCUCCGCGAAUACCUCGAGCGCGAAUCCCCCGUCAAGAUCCAGCAGCAGCAGCAGGUCCAAGAAGCCGAGAAAAAGGCCAUACGGGUCGCCGCGCAAGCAGCGCUGGCGGCAGAAGCAUCCGCACAAGCACAGGCCCAGUCGCAAUCACAGUCACAAGAUGCCGCCGCAGAACGGCCAAUCGUGCCGAAGGAGAGCCUCUUCCAAGACGGUCGGUACGCGCACCUGUGGAAGACGUACCGGCCCUACGCCGAGGUAGAAGCCGAGACGAAGACGGACCACGAGAAGCUCAUGGACGUGCUGGACGGGUUCAAGCAGAGGAAGCACAACAUUGGCCGGGCGGCGCUCGAGAACUGCGCCAUUCAGCAGGAGGAGUGGGUGAACUGCAUGAAGAGCGGCGACUGGGAGGACAGGAUGCAGAUGUGCAGGCGUCAAGUGCAAAAGUUUGAGAGGUGUUAUACCAUGCAGACGAGAUUCCUCAAGGCCCUUGGCUACCAAUCCAUCAACGGCCGCUCAGCCCAAGUGGAAGAAGACAUCCAGAUGCACGCAGACCAGCUCUACGGGCGCAUGAUUGAGCAGGAAGAGGCCGUGGAGGCCGCCAAGAAGGAAGGCCUCCCAGUGCCCAAGUUCGAUUUCACGAUACCCGUCGCCGCACCGGCCGCGGCGCACACGCCGAGGCCGGACCUGGAGACCUCGUGGAAGGAGAAGCUGGAGCAGCUGCCCGAGUCGGAGAGGGCGGUCGAGGAGGCGGCGCUGCGGGCGGACUUCCAGGCCAACGUCGAGGUGGCCAAGAACGUGCAGAAGCUGUGGGACGAGCAGGAGAAGGAGAAGGAGAGGCGCAAGGCGGAGGGCAAGGCUACGAUUGUGGAUCGUAUUUCGGGGACGUUUGGCGGUGGGAAGUAA